CUGGCGCUCCAGAUGCUCUGCUGCUGCUGUCUGGCGAUGCCGCCAGCGACUGUACAGCCUGUACAGGUGAUUGGCCCGCCUGCGUCGAAGAGGAUGACGCACGCUGAUCUUGUGAAAGCGGUGACGUCCAAAUGUUCAUUGGUUCUGACAUCUGACGUGGUUCUGACAGGCAAUCUGCCAGCAGCGAACAACGCAGCCUGUCCUAAGAUACGGAUCGUCGGCCGCUGCAGUGGGCGCAAGCUUUGCAAGAUCGAUGGCGUGGACAAGUACAGCUUCGUUAAUGGCGCGUAUGAUCUGCUUCUGGAGAACUUGGAGAUAACGAGGAUGCGCAGCGCCGACCCGAACAGAGCGCCAGUUAUUUCCGGUGGCUCCGCGACUGUGCGACACUGCCGCGUGACAAAGAACGUCAAUGGCGUGGGUGACGGCGUGGUCCGCGGCCGUCUGACGAUCGAGAACACCGUCUUCGAGGACAACCGGGGAGGUGUGCUCUGCCUGGAGGACGAGAGGGGCAGCUUUGCCAACGCGACGGAUGUCGUCUUUCGUCGCAAUCGAAACGCGCAAGGCGGCGCGGUGUCGGCGGUGGAGAGUAGUUUCUACUGCACGCGCUGCUUGUUUGAGCGCAACGUCGCGGAGGAGGCGGGAGGAGCAGUGCGCUUGACCGACAGCGACGGCACUAGGGCGAGGUUCAAGCACUGCAGGUUCGUGGGGAACAAGGUCACGGGCAAGAAAGGGCAAGCCUUCGGGGGUGCGGUCUACAUCUCCAAUAUCGAUCCGGGGGUGAGUUUCUGCCACUGUCAAUUUGACCGCAACAUGGCCGCCGGGAAGCUGAAUCACGUGUAUAUCGACGGCCUGGAGGACAGCAUAGCCUAUUUCUGCCCUGCUCGCCCACGAUCUGGAAUCGUCAUUACUCCCAAGACCAGCGAGGCCUUUGUCAAGGAUGGGUGCACGGGGUGCAAAUAGCCAAAAUUCCACAUCGGCGCACGCUCGGAGAGAUGCAACUUACCUCCUUUCUGUUCUGACGUGUUUUUUGGCGCGCGCGCGCGCGCGCGCGCGCGAGAGAGAGAGAGAGAGAGAGAGAGAGAGAGACUGAGGUCGAAAUGGGACCUUGGCAACCUGCUGCUCUCUGCUUGCAUAUUUCUGCACCUCUGUUCCUGCACAUAGUGACAUCACGGGAUAUUUUAAUUUUAAUUCGUCUGCUCUUUACUUCGC